AUGUUCCACUGCACGGAUGAGGUGGACAACGCAUACGUUAGGGCACUUUUCCCCAGCUACUUGCUUGAACAACCCAUUGGACACCAGUUGUGGAAGAUCUACUACACCAACCGUAAGCUAUUCAGAAAACUCAAAAGCAAGGGAGAGAAUCUGCCGAACUUGAGCGAUCCCAAACUGCGAAGAUUGCGACCAGAACUAAGCUACGAAACGCGAAAAGAGAUUUGGGAGAAAUUGAUGAGUCUAGGGGUUCUGGGGACCAUUCCUUAUGACUCGGCUAGUGACGACUAUCUGAUUCAAGUUUACCAGUAUUUCUACCCCGAAAUUGAGGAAGAUCCUCAGUUCGGUGCCAAGCAUGCCGUCGGGACCAAUGACAUGCAAGUGGAUGUUGAAAGUAAUGAACUCGCAACCCCUGCAAUAGUAUCGCGCCAAGAAUCUCGAAUGGAUGACGACAAUGGCGAUGGCGAAGAAGAAGAAGAAGAAGAAGAAGAAGAGGAAGAAGAAGAGGAAGAAGAAGAUGGCGAGGACAACGAUGGGGACGAAAACGAGGACGAUGACGAUGACGAUGAUGAUUUUAAUGACGCUGACGAAGACGUAGACGUUGAUCACGAAGACGAAGAAAAUGCCAAUGAAAACCAUAACAGAACAGCACGAACCAUUGGAUCACAUCAAUAUGGCCAUCAGGGCGCCCAUGAGGCUACCACGAGUCACGAUAUAGACUUUCUACUCAAUGAAACAGAUUCAGUCCCACCCAUAAAUUCUUUAGGGGCUCAUACAGGCCAGGGAAAAUCACCAGAUGCUGCAACUGCCGCAGCAAUUGCAUCUGGAUCAAUUGGCUUCAAGAAAAACACGGUCUCGCCAGAAGUGUACAAGCAUUUAGGUUAUCCCUUGCCACAUGUCUGGGAAAUCCCUACUAACAACAGCAUCUUGGUCUCAUCCGAUGGAUGUACCCAACUCAAGUCUAAUCCGGAGUUUCAGGCCCUCACCGCACAUGAUCGAAGAACAAGCUCCAUUGUUGGACCCGGCUUUUCUGAAAACUUGGCGGGUUUCAAUACCCGGCAAGAGUACGUCAGCACUGUGGCCAACAAUGUAGCACUCUCGAAGAGUUUGGCCAUUUUUUAUUACGAAAUCAGAGUGCUAUCGACCCAUCCUGCCAACUCACCUUCGACAUCCAGAACCAAGGUAGGAUUUAAAGAUAAUUCUAAACUGCAGUCAAACUCCAAAUCAAACUCGCGGACAGAUUUGCAAGUAAGCGAUGCAAGCUCGAUUAACAGGCAAGCAGCAAGCAUAGUGCGUGCUACUUUGGAUGUCAGUUCUUCCAGCGGCUCCAGUAAUCGUGGAGACACGUCAAACAAGGGGUGCUUUCUUUACGGAGGACAGGAUGGGUACAUCACGGACGGCGCCCUCUCGCAAACAUACUCCAAUGGCUUCGGUCAGUCGGAUGUGAUAGGGUGUGGUGUGAACUAUGUUGAUGGUACGAUAUUUUUCACCAAAAAUGGGGUUCAUCUGGGAACAGCGUUUACUGAUGUCCAUGAUAUAGAUUUGCUUCCGUUCAUCUCUGUAACUGCUGGGUCAGUGAUAAGAACAAAUUUCGGACUUUAUGAGGAGUUUGUUUUCGAUAUUUUGGGAUAUCAGCGCAGGAUGAAGACCAAGGCUUUCCAGCACAUAUACAAAAGCGUCGACAGGAACGACGCAAGAAACGAUUUUUCAACUUAUGAUGAUGACAGAGAGCUGCCCGAUACUGACUUUGAUGCCGAGGCUUCUAUUGAAGAUACCUCUAAGCCAAAAGAUGGGUUUUUGUUGCAAAAAGAUGAGAGAAUUUGCGGUGAUCAACUUUUCCGACCAGACGUGGAGAACUUGAACAACUUGAGUGUGGAUGACGAUUCAAUUCCUUGCACCAUGAACACGAUGAUUAAUGACUACUUGAUACACGAGGGCUUGAUUGAUGUUGCCAAAGGUUUUUUGAUCGAUCUCAGUAAAGACUGCAUUCCCAACAAUGAAGAAGAACGCGGAAGAAUGGUCAUAAAACACAACGAAAGGCAAAUUGUCAAGGAAGAGCAUAAUCUGAGAAUACGACAAGAUAUCAGAAGGCUCAUAAGCGAGGGUAAAAUAGCCGAAUGUGUUCAGUUCAUUGACAGUCGCUAUGCAGGCCUGCUUGAUAGUAACAUCGAUGUUUUUUUUGAACUGAAAGUUGCAGAAUAUCUGCUGGCUUUUGUGAAUUUCAAACAGCACUCAAUUAACGAGCUUUUGGGUAUGGGUCAAGAGCUCACUGCUAGAUUCGUUUUCAAUCCCGAUGUACCUGCGGGAUACAAGGAAGGGUUUCAGAAUCAUUUGAAUGACAUAUCGUCACUUCUUGCGUACGACAAUCCUUUGGAGGAGUGCAAUGAAGAUCUCGCGGUAUUUUUGACACCGACGUAUCUACAAGAUCGCCUUUUUCAGCUGGUCAACUCGAGGGUUUUGGUAUUUUUGAAAAAGAAGAGUGAAAGCUCUUUGGAGAACAUGGUGAGUUACACCAGAGCUAUGGUGAAUGCGCUUAUUGAGUAUGGAGAGGGCGGUUCUCUUCUUCAUAACGAUUCUGAAUUACGCGUUCACAAGCUUGUUAAUAUCGACGAAGAUCUUCUCAAGCUCUGA